CAGUCUACAAGAAGACAUAAAAAGCAAACCACCUUAUACUCUAUAUUUUAUAAUGGUACAGCCAAGAUAUCGGUGGACAAGCUGGUUUGUGCGUCUAUAUGUGAAGAAAGACUGGGAUGUAUACACUGCACAUAUUCACCUUGGAGACAGCUGUCCAUUUCAAGAGUGUCUGCCAAAGUCAUUGCCUUUUUUUGGAAAAAAGAUUGUGGCUUUAUUUGUACUCCACUCUUUGCUUCCAGCGUAUGCUUGUAAUAGCUUAUUGAAGUGGUGCAAGUUUCCCGAAUUUCAGGGUUCUAUGCUUUUUGAGAGUGAAAAAAUCGGAUAUUUUGAUCAAAAUUUGAGUAAUUGUAAUAUAAUAAACCUCGAAGAGGUGGAUCACAAUGUGUCUCACCAGUCCACCAAUCGGAAGACAUCAUUUAAAUGUUUUCAUGCUAAAGUAGAGUCUGGACCACUAUUGCUACUAUGCUCCUCUAAGCCCCAUGACACAUGUGAUGCUGCACGGACAGCACGGACCUUAUGUGACAUAAAAAGAACUAAAACAAAAAAACAAAAAGUAAAACAAGUGCCUGCACAGCACGUCCUUCAGAAUGCUAAAAGAUAA